ACCCCCUGCUGCAGUGUUUCACCCAUGCCCCACUCCAUCUUUCCAGCAGUGUUCCUGUUCCCUGUAGCCGGGAAUCCCAGCUGUUGUAUAUAACAACUCCCAGCACCCGCAUCCAGUGCAGUAGGGGGGGGAUGGGAGUUGUAGUCCAGCAACAGCUUGGGACCCAACUGUGAGAGCCAAGUGUUAGGCUUUUGCUUGCAGGGUGGGAUCCAUGUAGAUGGAAAGUUUAAAAAUAAUUAUUAUCAGUGCUCCCCGCCCUCUGCAAGUAGAAAGCUCCCUGCAAGAAGAGCUCGCUGCAAGUAGAAAGGCAGUAGCUCAGAGCAAGGGUUGAGUAGAACCCCCCUCACCUUGAUCUGUUAGGUUUCUACAUGCAAGCACUGUUCCCUAUAACGGGAUCCCAGAUUAUGUUGACUACAGUUCCCGGCAUCAGUGGCCUAUGGGGGUGCUGGGAAUUGUAGUCAACAACAAGUGAGAUUCCCUGUUAUAAGGAGCAUUGCUUGCAAGGUGGGAUGCACAAGGGUCAAAUGUUCUCAGUGCCUCCCUGGGUUAAGAACAGACUCCCUAGAAGAAAGAAGGCAGGAAAGCAAGGAGAGAGCUGAACUAGAAUCUUUCUCGUUGAUAUGCUGAUUUUCUGCCUGCAGGAUGUGAAGGACAGAGCUCUUUUGAAUCAUGCUUUGAUGGCUAGGGAUGCAAAAUAAACUCGGGACGGCUGUUUCUGCCUUCUGUCGGCAACCUUCCCGAGACUGACACCUGCUUUCUGCCGGAGCGCGGAUCAUGGCCGGAAGAGGCGGGAGAUGGAGGGGGCGAGGCAGUCACAUGACCUUCAACCUGGAAGCGGUGGGCAUCGCAAAGGGGGAGGCGUUAUCUCCGCCCACCCUCCAACCUUCGCCGCUGUUCCCCCCCUUGGAAUAUAAACCGGUUCCCCUGCAGACGGGAGAGGAGGUUGAAUACAUGCUAGCCCUGAAGCAAGAGCUGAGGGGUGCCAUGAAGAAUCUGCCGUACUUUAUCAAACCAUCUGCCCCCCAAAAAGAUGUGGAGCGCUAUUCCGACAAAUAUCAGAUGUCCGGUCCCAUUGACAGCGCCAUCGAGUGGAACCCAGACUGGAGACGUCUUCCCAAGGAACUGAAAAUCCGGGUACGGAAGAUUCGAAAACAGAGAGCCUCUGUCCUUGCUCCCAAGCGGAAAACGCCGGUCUUGGUUGACAAAGAGGAAGCCAUCAAGAAGCUGGAGACUCUGGAAAAGAAGGAAGAGGAAGUCACAUCCGAAGAGGAAGAAGAGAAAGAAGAGGCCGAGGAAGGGAAGGAGGAGGAGGAGGAAGAGUAUGACGAGGAGGAAUUUGAAGAGGAGACGGAUUACAUCAUGUCCUACUUUGACAAUGGUGAGGAUUUCGGAGGCGAUAGCGACGACAACAUGGACGAAGCCACCUACUGAACGGCUCUGGCCCCCGCGGUUUGCAAACAAGAGCUUCUCUCAUGCACCCUGAGCGGCUGCUCCCCAGUGAUCUUUCCUGUCAGUGUGCAAAGAUGAUCUCACUGGCUCGCUUUAGGGGAUCCUGUUUGCUUCCUUCUCCACCAGCUCCCCAAGGCAGGGUUUCUUAAACUUAGGUGCCCAGAUGGUGCUGGACUACAAUUCCCAUCCUCCACAGCCACACGGGAUGAUGGGAGUUGUAGUCUGACAAAAUCUGGGGGCCUGACUUUAAGCUCCUCGGUCCCAAGGCGUUAGUCAGCUUGCCACUCAUUUGGCCUCCAGGUGGCGCCAUCCACCCACUCUUCUGUUGGCCAUUUGUGACACCCAUAAACACCCUCGGAAGCAACCAGCACAGCAGAACUGUCUCUAUGAUCUCUUCUGUCGGAGAAAGUGAACUGGGGCCAGUAGAAAUGCAGAUGUCCUGAUAGCCUGGUUUUCUUUCUGAAGGAAUAAAAGACUUCAGCGUAGGAAGGAAGCCAGGACGUUCCGGAAGCCGGAAGGACACAAACACAAUUCUCGUUUUGGGGACAUAUUUGCAUUUUUAAUUCACAGCAACACAGUUUCUUUCCUUCUCUGGCUUUAAGCAGACUAAUUUCUCACAUUCGUCUUCCGCUCGAGCAAAGUGCGGGAGUGCAUACUGAGGAUGAAAAAGAGAAGCCAAAGAUGUUUAGUUUUAUUGGAGGUAUUUUAAUCAUGUAGUUUCACAUUCCAGUUACCUCUCUCAAUUUGUAUGCUUGACUUUGUAUUUUGACUUUAGUGGGGACGCAGGGGUCAGGGAAGGAGGCAAAACCAGCAUUUUCUAGGAAAGAAUUUCCCAAAGUCCUCCGGGGUGGGGCCCAUAACCGGAACCGUCACGCACUCUCUGCUUCUUCGAAUGUGAAUGCAUAAAAGUGCCGACAAAACCAGAUUUUAACACGUGCAUUUUAAUUAGCAAUGGUCUUCUUUGUUUUGUUUCAAAGUCACUUUAAAAUAUUUUGGAUUCCCUGAAUGAGGGCAAAAACAGGGUCUUUCCUUGCCCAGAUGGGAUUUUAUUCUCUUUGUUCCAAAUAGUUUGUCGUCAAUGUGUUAUUGACUUUUUUAGUGUCAUGUUUUGGCCAAGUUACGUCUGGCUGCCCAUUACUUUCACACCUCUCUACGGAUCCUUUGUAUUUAAAGUGAAUUGUAAAAAGUGUGUGUGUUUAUGUAUAUAUGUUUGAUUGAAAUAAAUAUUUCCAUAUUUUUC